AUGCGACACACUAGCACAAGGGACCUGGAUGCUUCGGGGCUGUGGCUACUCGAAGGUUCUUGGACCUUCUGCCCCUCAUGUGGCCGCAAGCGUGCAAGAGUUAAGACACAACGUUUCUCGUUGGAGAGGUUGACGCAGGCGGAGCGAUGUCGUCCAUCGUGUGAUGUUCCAGCGGAAGACCUUCUUGCCCCAGCUCCAGCCAAUGUCCUCGACGGGCGCUUGAUGGUUUACACAACACCACAGAGCAGCACAUGGCACUGCUGGUCUGCGGCGAUUGCAUCGAGCAACCUGCCUUUGACACUCGUUCUUUCCGAGAAAGAACUUCAGCAGCUAGCGGUGCUUACCAUUCAUGUGGAUUGGCAAAGUCGCCGUGGUGGCAAAGCUGAGAUAACAAGCAAGCAAAAGAAGACUCUUACCAGAUGUCGGUGGCAACCCCGUCCUCUUCGCGAGCUUUCUCGAAAUGAUCUUGCUGCCAAGGCUUUCACAUGGCUCCUGCAGAACAACGACACUUAUCGAGCGUGGGUGGAUCACCACGCGGACUUGUUCCAAGCAACCGGCGAGUUGUCCAGUCGCGAGUUGCAAACAGCCGAACUGCUCUUGCGCUCCCCAGGCAUCGAAGUGGCCGCCAGACCUUGGCUUUAUCCGUUGGCGAGUCUAGCCGACACGGACUAUCAAGAGAGAUUGACUCCGUUGGGCUGGACAAAUUCUCGCAACAAGCCGAGCAUUCGCGCAGGCUUCAUGAGAAAGCUCGAGAGUCGGUGUAUUGACUACUGCAACGAUUUCGCUCUGCAGUGCCUGCUCUAUGAUGUCUGCCUCGCAAAAACCAUUAGCUCAGUGCAGGCCAUCGCCGAGAAACAGAAGGUGGCGCCGGAGCAGAUUGCGUCCGACAUGGACGGGUUCGAAAUCUACUGGCAACAACAACUGCGCAAAAUGGAAGACAUUUGCAGGCAGGAGCAUGAAAAGACAGGUUGCUUAUCGGACGCUCUACCCUCGGUCUUCUUCACCAUAGCUCCAGCCGAGUGGCGCUAUCUGCUGCACAACGGGAUGUUUCACGAGGGCUCCCUGACAGACCAGCAGCAAAACAUCACGUUGCAUCUGUACCACACCUUGCAGGUUCUGCUGGAGCACCACAUCCUCAAGAACGGAGCAAGCCUUGCGAAGAUCGGUAUUGCCAGAGUUCGUCAGUGGUCGUUCCGCUUCGAAUUCCAGUCUCGAGGAACGCUGCAUUUGCACGCGGUUUUGUGGGCUGACUUGCUUCCUGGCUGGAACGCCAGUGAUGUCGCCGGUCGAAGCGACACUCUCCACGGUUCCGCCUUUGUUCGCUUGCUGGAGGACAUCUUUCGCAGUCGAGUGGAUGUGCAAUGCGGCGAUGGAAGUCACAACCUUCUGCAAUACGUGGCCGGCUAUGUCUCCAAAGCCUCCGAUGCACUGUCCUUCUCCAAGCGGCAAGCGCAGACGGAUGGCUCGCCGAACGAAACGAGCAAAUGGAGACAAACAUACCGGCUUCUCUGCAAACGUUCUCCCAUGGAACAGGAAGUGCUCAUGGAGUUCGCUGGCCUGCCUAUGGUGCGUCAUUCGUUUAGCGGGCACGCUCUGUUUGCUCCCAUCCCUGGAAGCGAAGCAAAAAAUUCUUCGCGAGAGCAAUAUCUGGUGUAUCAACAUUGCCUCACACUAUCUCCAGAGCUUCUUGGAUGUGCACAAGGCCUUUCUUACAUGCAAUGGUUGAGGCGGUUUCGUGUCGUCGAUGCAGACAAGAAGCAGGUUGCCAGAAGAAACGUGGCAGGACCCACAAAGAACUUUGACUGCGGAGUGGCCAUGACAUUCCCGUUUGAGUUGCUCGACAUCUUCGUGGGCGCAUGGGCAGCCACUUUCCUGCCCGACGUGCUUGAGUUCCGGCUCAUGCCCGACUGCACGAAGGACCAGCAGCACUAUCCACCGAGUCUGACCGCAGAGAAAACCCGCCGAGCAUCUUUCACGGCACCCACAGGUUGUCAGCAUCUCAAGGCUGUCCUUUGUUUGGAUGAGUUUCAACUCUAUCGCAAAGACCCUUUGGUUUUCAAUCCCAAUGUUGGUGAGCUACUUGCGCGCAUCGAGACCGAGCUCAUCUUGAGAGGAUUGACACAGGAUCGCAUUGCGACCUUCAAAGCUCGUGUCCAAGCCUGUGCUCUCUUGCUGUGUGCCGUUCGCGAUGGAAGAGAAGAUGCCAAUCUAUGGCAAGCAAGGUCGGUUGCUGCACCUCCUCGCAGAAUAUGGUCCAAAGAACAGCAGCAAGUGCUCCAGCUCGUGCACGAGGGCACAACCAUCAGUGAUGCUGCAACCAUGGAAAAAGCACAUCGCAUUCUCCAAGUCGCGGGCGGUCCGGGGACCGGAAAGACAGAAGUCAUCAUCGCGGCUGUUCGCCAAGCCCUCGAAGACGGCUGCCGCGUGCUGAUUGCUGGCCCGAUCGGCCUCCUCGUUUCCAUGUACCGGCUACGGUUACCAAACCUUCAAAAUCUGACAAUGGAAACGGUGCAUUCAGCGUUCCGCAUAACUCGGGAAGCAGAUGCCGCCUAUGUUCCUCCAGGGCGGUUGCGGCACUACGACUUGAUCGUCAUCGACGAAGUCAGCCAAAUCGAAGCUUCCGUCUGGCGCAAGCUUAAAACCGGUCUAGGCGAGCUGAGUCCUUCCCCGUUCAUUGUGUUCGUGGGCGACUUUCAGCAACUCCAGCCUCUCCGUGGCGGUCCGGAACUUCAAGAUGAUCUUGACCGAGAAAAAAACGAGAGUCGCAUUCUCUUCGUUAAGUUGCAGCAUCACGAAGCGGCUCGGUCGGUAGAUCCUGCCAUGCUGGAUUUUUUGGAGCAGGCCCGGGUUCGACAGCCCUCCCGGCAAGCCUUGCUCGAGUUCUUCCAAGGUCGCACACUGCCAACAGAUGCCAACACAGCGGCUCGGCACGCUGCAACGGUGGAGGCAGCAGCCGGAGGAACAUUCACGUUCUUGACCGUGACCAACCAGGGCGCAGCUGCUUUGAAUCUCGGUCGUCUGGCUUUGGAGUUCCCGGAGGCAGCCGCUCUACUUCGAGGCGGCGGAGGCCUGCCGGCUGAAAGCGGCAAAGUCACCAUCGACCGGGGCAUGCGGCUCAGACUAACACAGAACAUCGACAAGGACCGAGGCUUCGUCAAUGGAAACACUGGCGUCGUCCGCAACAUGCUCCGGUCCGACGUCUUUGUGUUAGAUUCCGACCAAGGCAUCCCCAUCCUCGUGCAUCCUAUCACGCAACGUGGAAAAAAAUACUUGCCGGUCGCGUAUGGUUGGGCAACCACCAUGCGGCGAGCCCAGGGAGCGACCUUGGACAAGGUCGGCCUGUGGUUCGACCGUCGACUCCCGGAUCGCGGGUAUGCAUAUGUGGGCCUUUCUCGCGCAAAGCGUCGCGCCGAUGUUUGGCAUCUUGGCAAGAUUCGACGCACCGACUGGCGCCCCGUCAACGGCCAAGGCGAUCCCGACGAACAGCAAUACCUGUCGGCCUUGAGCGAAUCGACCCACAGCAGCGACAUGAGCUGCCAUAAUUCCGAGAGUGAAUCCACCCACAGCAGCAUGGGUUGCCAUCCUUCCGACAGUAGCUCAACAGCUUGCUACCGAGAGUCGACCGAAUCGUCGACAUUGGCGGAGCCGAGUAUGUACAGCUCCAGCGAAUACUCACAUUCGCGGUCUCUUGCGCAUUUUCUGCCAUCGUCCAGCGAGGACUUGUGA